CAUGCCUUCCGGCUAAAAUACCGACCGACGUCAGGAUGAAGAACCCGAGCGAACGUUCAUCUUCUUUUAGUCCUGUUUCCUUCUAGUUCGUCGACUCUCGCCCCCCGCAAUCUUGUCCUGAAUCCGCGGACUUAAUAGUCAACGAUGAUACCCCGGUGAUUUUUGUUAUGCUAAACGCGUAUUGUUGCGUGCGAUUUGGGUCAAGUCCUGCGUCACUUUUACAGGUCUUCUCAAUGCCAUUUGUCCUCCCAAAUUAUAUCUCGUCUUCGAAUUCGUUUAACCCACUUUUCACGUCUCUGUCGAACACUAUUAUAAUUCAACCAUUUGAUCUAACUUACAAUUAGAGGAAUCCAGAAGGAAUCUCUCUCCCUGAAGAGAUCCUAGGAGGAGUCUCAAAGGAACCUAAGGAAAAUCUCUAAUUUUCAAUUCCUAAUUUAUUACAUCUAGAUAAGUUUAAAAUAAUAUCUGUGAUAUCAAGUUACAACUUACUCAACUGUUAAGUCUUAUUUAUAAAAGGGCAGUGGUGACUGAUAGAUUGAAGAAGAUAGGACGGAUAUCCGCGAUUUUCAUCGUUAAAAUUGAACGCUUGUUUCUUGUUGAGUUAUUUAAGAAAGAGGGACGGAUGUCUGCGUUAUUAUACUAAGUGUGCUUUUUCAUGAGCAGCGUGCGUGAGUGACGCUAUUUUGUAUUACCAACCAGUGUCCACUUGUAUAGCCUUCUUCUUUUGAUCAGCUUUUCCGUUUCUAUUUCACAAUCCUUGCAAACUGUUACUAAAUAUGAGGGAAGAAAAAGGUAUCUGAAGGACUUAGAAUUUUGUAAGCUUGAAUCAUGAGGUUUAAGUUAAAUUUGAAUUAAUAUUUUAAUUAGCUUGGAUUAGGUCUAAAUGCACCAAGUGUAAGUUAAAUUUGAGUGAAACUUCUGUUAAGUCAUUGCCAAGUCUUAGUUAUAUAUUUAAUUCAGCUUUUAAACUUUAUUUGUAAUAACAGGUUCACUGUCGUCCACAUUUACACAACGUCCUUGCGUACAAGCUCAACUGUGGUAAUUAUUUAGCCUGUAUGAGUGCACGUGCAACGUUCCUUUACAUAAGCUUCGAAGAAAACCCGAUGAGAUCUGAAUUCGUCGCAACCGGACCGUGGCGAGGAGUUAAUUUCACGUGCUUUACGUCACAACCAACACUGUCACUUGAAGCUAUUAAAAGUGCAACUUAGAAAAUUAAAAAAAUUAUUACUUAUCGAUUAGAUCUACCAAUUAUCAUUCUUCAUAACGUUGCAAACCAUCAAAAUGGUGCACUGGUCAGUUUCACUGUUCUUUUUUCAAAAAUGAAAUGGUAAUUGAUUUCAAGUCCUGUUCCCCAACUGGUGGCUGACUUUCUACGCCUCAAAUGACUCUCUUUUUUCGAGAUAGGAACACGGAUCAUAUGUGGAGUAAUCUGACCUGCGUGGACGAUUUCCUGAACCGAGCGUUCCAUAAACUAGGCCUGAUAGUCGGCCGUUAUCCUGGCUACUUCGUGGUUAUUCCGGUUCUAUUGGCCUGCAUCUGCUUCACCGGCUACCAGAGGAUCCAUUACGAGAUUGACCCGGAAUACCUGUUCUCACCGACCAACGGGCCGAGUAAAACUGAAAGGGCGAUCGUCGAACAAUACUUCAAAGUCAACUAUAGCCAUCACUUUGAUCUGAGCCGUAUCACUAGGCCAGGUCGAUUUGGACACGUGAUCGUAACGACAAAGGACGGGGACAAUAAUUUGUUGAGAAAAGCGGUGUUCGACGAGCUGCUGGAGUUGGAUGGACUUAUCAAAAGCGCGAAAGCUGUCUUCGAGGGUGAAGAGUUCACCUACAGUCAGAUUUGUGCCAGGUGGUUGGAUACUUGCUUCAGCAACAACAUUUUGGACCUGCAUCAUGUGAUAGAGGAUGUGGAGAAUAGAGAGCUGAACCUGACGUUCCCAGUGACGUUGAAUCCCGUCACCUGGGACAUCCACCUGCUACCGGUGUUCUUCGGAGGAAGCGUGAUCAACGAGGACCUGAUCAUCGAGUCCGUUCCAUCGUUGCAGCUCGCCUACUUCCUUGCCGCUGACAAUGCACGUCAGGAUGCGAUCGGAGCAACCUGGGAAGAAGCUUUCCUCGACGCCUUGAAGAAGGUCGAGGAUGAGGGUGUCUUCAAGCACAUAGCCACAGCCAGGUUCGCCUCCAGGACCUUGGAAUUGGAGCUGGAGGAGAACACCAAGACAAUUGUCCCUUACUUCUCCAGCACGUUCAUUCUGAUGGCUCUUUUCUCAGUGGUCACUUGUAUGAUGACUGACUGGGUACGCAGCAAGCCUUGGUUGGGUCUUCUUGGAAACAUCUCUGCAGCAAUGGCUACUGUUGCUGCCUUUGGGCUGUGCAUUUACCUGGGUGUAGACUUCAUUGGUCUCAAUUUGGCUGCACCGUUUCUGAUGAUUGGAAUUGGAAUAGAUGAUACAUUUGUAAUGCUGGCAGCCUGGAGACGAACCAGUAUACUGAAACCGGUACCUGAAAGGAUGGCCGCGACUCUCAGCGAGGCUGCUGUGUCCAUCACGAUCACCUCUCUCACCGAUAUGAUUUCCUUUUUCAUUGGGAUACUAUCGCCUUUCCCUUCGGUGCAGAUUUUCUGUAUCUAUUCAGGUUUUGCGGUGGUUUUCACCUUUGUCUUUCACCUGACGUUCUUCACUGGCUGCGUGGCGAUCAGCGGCUACUGCGAGCAGAAGAAUCUCCACAGCAUCGUCUGCUGCAAAGUGCAGCCUCUAUCGAAAUCCUCGCACCGAUCUUGGUUCUACAGAGCAUUAUGCACCGGUGGAGUGGACCCUGACGACCCGUACAAUCCUGUGGACAAUCCUGAACACGGAUGCAUGAGCUGGUUCCGCGAUUACCUCGCCUCUGCGUUGAACUGUCGACCGGUCAAGGCGGUGAUCAUCUUUAUUUUCGGUUGCUACAUCGUUGGCGCCCUCUAUGGACUGACGACUCUUCGAGAAGGCUUGGAUCGUCGCAAGCUUUCCAAGAACGAUUCUUAUUCGAUUAUUUUCUACGACCGACAGGAUUACUACUUCAGGGAGUUCCCCUACAGAAUACAGGUGGUGGUCAGCGGGGAAUACAACUACAAUGACCCAGUGGUUCAACAGCAAAUGGAGAACCUGACCAGAGCAUUGGAGGCCAGUAAAUACAUCAGCAGCGCUCCAAUUUAUACAGAAAGCUGGCUGCGAACUUUCCUCAGUUAUGUAAACAAUAAUUUAAAUGAAGUGGACGUCAAGGAUGAAAAGAGCUUCAUAAAGGUACUGAAGGACACCUGGCUCUCUCCGAAGAACAGUUUCUCUCUGGACGUGAAAUUCGACGAGCAGGAAGAGCACAUCAUAGCUAGUAGAUUCCUGAUCCAAGCGGUGAAUGUGAGUGGGACCAAUCAGGAGAAGGAUAUGGUGAAGGAGCUGCGUCGAAUUUGCACUGACUCUCCUCUGAACGCCAGUGUAUUCCACCCUUACUUCGUCUUCUUCGACCAGUUCGAGCUGGUGAAGCCUACCAGCAUCCAGUGCAUGGUAUUCGGUGCUCUGAUCAUGAUGUUGAUCAGUUUCAUAUUCAUUCCCAACGUGUUAUGUUGUCUUUGGGUCGCUUUCUGCAUUAUUUCCAUCGAGCUGGGCGUCGCUGGCUACAUGGCCCUAUGGGACGUCAAUCUGGACAGCAUAUCCAUGAUCAACUUGAUCAUGUGCAUAGGCUUCAGCGUCGACUUCACUGCUCACAUCUGUUAUGCCUACAUGAGCUCCAAACAGAAAUCACCUGAUGACAGAGUGAAGGAGAGCUUGUACAGCCUUGGUUUGCCAAUAGUCCAAGGCGCUGCAUCAACCAUUCUAGGGCUCAUAGCCUUGCUGCUUGCUGGGACCUAUAUAUUCAUGGUGUUCUUUAAGAUGGUCUUCCUGGUGAUCUUCAUAGGAGCCAUGCAUGGCAUGUUCCUCCUACCCGUUCUGCUGUCUCUCUUCGGUCCUUCCUCCUAUUCCAACGAGAGGAUAGAGAGCGAGAAGGCUCAGCAGCAAAAGAAAAUGCAAGAGAAAGAUCUCUCCUCGAAGCUCCAGCAGCCCUAUGUGAUCCCUCACCCCACUCUGUCGUAUUAUCAGCCAUCAGGAGCUGCGAAGAGUCUUCAGGGAAGUCCUGCGACCAGUCUGGUCGCGUUCGAGGAAAGGGAUCUUGGUCUAGGCACCAGCGAGGACAGCAACUCGACGGAGAGUGGGUCCUCGCAGAGCAGGAGACGGGAGGGCCAGGGGGAACAGGAGAACCAAAGGCGUCACGACGUCUGGAGGAGAUCCAUAGGGGUUCUCUAUGGCAUGUCCCAGUUUCAGACAGCCGCGCACCCUGCUGCACCACCUCCAGACUAUGCUGGCACGUUGCAAGAGCUGCAGGCUGAUCAGGACCGACGAGCCGUGAGGACGGUGCCCUAUGUCGGCUCGCACCCGGCCUAUCGGCCCGCCAAUCAGCUGCACAGGGAUCACAGGAGAAGCAGGUCGUACCACAACCUCCAGCACCCGUCGAGGUACCUAUCCGACCCACGGUAUCCUUAGAGCGACCGCUGAGCUCUGUGAGCCAUAAGCAGCACCCGGCGUGAUAGGACCCUGCGGUGCAUUUCUCUUCGGUAUUCUUCAAGUUUGUGACGAUUACCUAUGAAGAGGAUUCGGGACCAGGAUUUCGGUGAUCGUUCAUAUCACUAGGAUACAGUCUUACCGAAGAACGUACGAUUUCUGACGCAAGUUAACUCGAACCAAACACACCAAAUGAAAAAUUGUGACUAUGCUCUAGGUAAGUGCUGUCCAUGGGAGGGACGGAUGCUCUCUGGGACUCGUGGGGUGCACAUGGGACCAAAUUAGUGGACUUCACGGCUAGUGCGUGUCGAGAGUGAAUGGGAAAGUGUUUGGCUUUAUUAAUGUUCCCUGUUGAGACUCUCAUGGACAGCACUGCUCUAAGACGUCCAUGCUCGGACUAGACCAGGACACUUUGAAGUUAGGAUAGGGUCGGUAUCAUGGACGAUUAUCGAGCAUCGACGAACAGUAUGCUUAGAGAAGCCUUCAAUCGAGGAAAGGGAAUACUCGUCUGUUUUCUAUCUUCUUUCCCCCCCGGUGUGUCCCUCGUUUGGGACUCAUUCAGAGAUUCCGGGGGGAAAGAAGCGAGGAAAGCUUCUCGAAGCUGAUAAUCUGUAAAUAUCUUUUGGCGAGUUUGCUGAAGGUGCACGGAAGGGGUGAGAACUCGAUGGAUCUCGAGCUGCAUGCUCCGAGGAAACUUGGAAAGCGGAUUUCGUCGGAGCGCAUCUCUUUUCGAGGAAUUCAAGUGGAGCUUUAAACGAGCCAGUUCGGUUGUUCGAAGAGACUUGUUUGCACAACCGAGAAAUAUAAAUCUUUAGCGCUCAACGUGUACGACGUUAAGUUCCUUCUGAGUCUCAUAGGAGCGUAGAAUCGUAUCGUUGUACAAUUUUGAAAAAUGUCUUGUGCUUUGUUUUUUAAAAAUGUACACCGAUGUGCUUGUAAUAAUGAGCGAAUUUAUUACAGUUUUUACUCGGAAUCUUUUGUCAGCUAGUUCUAUUAUAGCAUCGAACUCGUUCCCUUUCAAUUAUUCUUAGGAUUUCUUAUCGUGCGAGCAUUUAAUAAGAGUAGCAUGUAAUGGGCGGGAAUAUACUGUUAUCAAGUCACGUGGACGUUUAAAAUAUUUCAAAAUUUGAUUUGAACACGUUGGUUCCAUUCCUUUUUUUAAGUAUAAUUUCUGCCAUUGUAUAAUAUCCAUAAUAGAUUUUAUGAGCAGUGGUAAUUGAAGUUACGUGACUUGAUAAUGAUGUGGUACCGUUUUAACAAUCGUUCAAGAAAAGAACGACCACUUGCUCAAUGGAAAUCAAAACCAAAAGCGCAACAAUAGGGAGAUGAAUCCUUCGACUGUUAAAUUCCUUUUUGAAUUCGUUUCUCCGUCCUCGUGAAUAAAAAAUGAAUCUUUUUCAAAUGUAAACCUGAUUAAGCGCUAGUGAAGCGUGUCGUGCCUUAUCAAAGUGUGUUUUAAACAAUUAAAUAAAACAAAAAAAUAUUCUUAGUUGAAAUGUAAGAAUGGAAGAAAUAAAAUUGAUUGAGUCCUGAUAA